AAAAUACAUACAAUCCCUAUACAAGUACAAUAGCCUAUACGAUAAACAUGAAAUAAAAAUACAAUACUUUUCCAUCUAAUUUUCCUAUUAAAACGCGAUUAAGUUUCAUUGAUUUUAUAAACUCCACCCACAUCCAAAUAAAGUAACAGCUUUUCUAGACUGAAACACCAAUUCGAUUAGACUCCGAUUUUCCCCAACUUAUAUCCGACUCAAUCGAAAAUCUGUCGGAAAGCCAUUUCCAGUGAUAGCAGAUUCAAUGUUUUUCUGCGGUGAUUUGUACGUAGAGAAAUGCAGUUUCCUGUGACACUUAUGGCGGCCGCAGCCGACUAAUGAUCAAGCAGCCCUGACGUAAGGCAAGGCACCAGCACCGUCACCCUGCUCCCUGGUGUCAUCCUCCAUCACAGCGAUUUUGUUGGCAUUCGGUAUAUCAAAGUACAUCAUUGAUACCUCGAAAAAUAUUCAUUUUAAAUCCAUGAGUGGGAAUAAAUAACAACAGUUCCAUGGAAUUGUUAAAAUAUUUCAUCCACAGACUUACUUAUAUUCUAGAGUUUAGCCAAAGAAAAGGUUCUUUGGAGAGUAUGAUGCAUGAAUUUCAGAGCAUAGUAAGAAGCCAGAAAAACUUCAAUCCUGAAGAAUUAAUAUCAGGAGUACUGAUUUUGAAAUCCAACUAUGGAGUUCAUAUUUUUGAGGGCUCAGAUUGUGCUAUGGUCAAGCAUCUUAAAAAAUUAGCAAAGCUCGUACACAACAAAACUACAAAUCUCAUGAUUAAAAUAAGAAUUUUUAAUUUGGAAACCCACAUUCAUAAGAGAAUAAAUCACAAGUGGAAAUGCAUAGAUCUGACUACAAAAGCAAGCAACAAAGAAAGCUCAGCUACAAGUAAAGAUAUCAAAGAACCGCUUACAACACAAUUCUCCAUAUGCAAAGCUGAUAAUGAAACUGAUGAGUCACUAUUUGAUAAAAUUUAUGAAAAAGCUUUCGAAAGUGUUUAUCAAGUACAAAACGUUUUAGUUGAGAAAGCUUCAACAUUGAUAAAACUAAGACAACAUUCUGAACAGUAUGAAGAUGUUGCUCACGUUUUGCAAUCGAUAUCACGGAUAUUUCCUGAUGCCAGUAUUCUCGAAUAUCUGAUAAAUUCAACCCAUCUUGAAGAAUUGGGAAUUUUUCUAUCAAAAUUACUUGAAGCCCCUGCUGCCAGUCUCUAUCAUGAAAAUAUAUGGCCUGUACCAUCGAUGUUCGUUCCCCUCUACUUCGACAUUUCAGAAUUUGAGUUUAUGAGAGAUUAAUCAAAACGCCAAGACUUUCUAGUCAUUUAUGAUUUUCUAGUAGUAUUUGUUUACAAUCUAGCCUUAAUACCGUUCCAUUAAUGUAGCCUACCAAUAGCCUGACAAAAAUCAAAGUAUCAAAAAUUUAUAUUUUUAUUAAAAUCAUAUCAUUAUCAUAAUAACUUGUACUUGAGUAUAGUGCCGCUUGAUAAAUAACAUAAUAAAUUAAUUC